UAUUAUAUAACUUGCAUAUCAAGCUACAAAACAUCAGUAUGUAAUGAAGCUGGGAUUUAUAUAUAUGUCUUCGUAAUUUUAUAACGAAAAAUUAUAUUGUUUGUGUUUUAAUGAUCAUUUAAUUUGUUUAGAAUUUUAUUAUUUAUUUUUUUAUAUAUUUUUAUGUGUUCAUUAAUUUUUAAAAAUUUAACAAUUGUUUUUUGACAAUUUUUAUGAAUUUAAAAUAUUUUUGUACAUUCGAUUCUGAAUUAUGGAGCAUGCAACUGAUUAUGUAGAAACUGUUUUUGGAAAGAAAAAUGCAAAUCAACUUGGAAGAAUUCUUACGCACGAACAUUUAUCCAUGUCCUUCAUUGAGUUCUACGUUCAACCUCCAUCUCAUUUGAAACAAUUUUUCGAUGAUAAGAAGAUCGAACUUCAAACUGUUGGAAUUCUAAAACAAUAUCCUUAUAGUAGUUCUUAUAAUUUAAUAUAUAACGAUCAAUAUACGGAAGAUGCUGUUUUGGAGGAUGUAAAAUUAUAUAAAAAAUUUGGUGGUGGUACUAUUGUGGAAAAUAGUAAUUAUGGCUUAAAACGCAACAUUCCAUUCAUGAAAAAAGUUAGUGAAGCCACUGGAAUUAAUGUCAUUGCUGGGACCGGUUAUUAUGUUAGUGCGACUCAAACUAAUGAAAAUUUAUCAAAAGAAGAAAUGUAUGAUGUAAUUUUAAAAGAAAUGACUAUUGGUUGUGAAGAAUCUCCUGAUGUAAAGGCGGGAUUUAUUGGAGAAGUUGGAAGCACUUGGCCAAUCACGGCUUUCGAAAAACGGGCUAUUCAAGCAACUGCGGAAGUUCAACAGCAAUUAAAAUGUCCCGUCAGUUUCCAUCCUGGAAGAGAUUCUGCAGCACCUUCUGAGAUAAUGAGAAUCUAUCAAGAAGCUGGUGGAAACGCGAGAAAAGCUAUUCUCUCUCAUCUCGACCGAACUAUACUCGGUCUAGAAGAACUUUUGGAGUUUUCUGAUGAUGUGAAAUGUUACUGCCAAUUCGAUCUGUUUGGAACCGAAUGUUCUUUUUAUCAAUUAAAUCCAUCAAUUGAUAUGAUGUCUGACGCACAACGGAUUGAACGUGUUAAAUAUUUUCGAGAUAAUAAAAAAUUGGAUCGCGUGCUUUUAAGUCAUGACAUUCAUACGAAGCACAAAUUGGAAAAACAGCAUUGGUUAGGAGAUACACAGAAGGAAAGUUUACGUCGAAUUACAAGAUUACCAUAGGAGCCGAUUUCGCAAUAAAAACGCUCGACUGGGACCCUCUUACUAAAAUAAAUUUACAAUUGU